AACGAAGGAGAAGAUUGUUUUGAUACAAUGGGAGUUCUUCGUGUGAGUUUAGGAUGCUAUAUAUUUUUUUCAGUUAUGUUUCUCACUACAGUCAAAACAAGGAAAUUAUGUGAAGGUCGAAAUUCAUGGCAUUCUGGAUCGUGGGAAUUAAAGUUUGUUUUAUUGCUUGUAUCAAUGGCACUUCCAUUCUUCUUCCCUUCAGAACUUGUUCAAAUAUAUGGUGAGAUUGCUCAUAUUGGUGCAGGAUUUUUUCUUCUUUUACAACUUGUGAGUGUCAUCCAUUUUAUCACUUGGUGGAGUAAGUACUGGACUCCAGAUGAAGAAAGGAAGCACAGGUGCUCUUUCGGACUUUUUAUGUCAACACUAUUUUAUGUUGCUUCUAUAUGCGGAAUUGUCUAUCUGUACGCAUCAUAUGCCUCAAGAACUUCAUGUUCUCUCAAUCUAUUUUUCAUCACAUGGACAGCAAUUCUACUUGUUGUAAUGAUGGUUGUACCCUUAAAUUCAAAGGUUAAUAGAGGUCUUUUAUCUUCAGGAAUUAUGGCUUCUUACAUUGUUUUCCUUUGUUGGUGUGCAAUCAGAAGUGAACCUGCCACCAUAAGAUGUGAGACAAAGAACCAAGAGAAAAACAGCGGUUGGAUAACUAUACUUGGCUUCCUUAUUGCCAUAUUUGCAAUUGUGAUGGCAACCUUUUCCACUGGCAUUGAUUCGAAAUGCUUUCAGUUUUCGAAAAACAGAGUUGAACAUGAAGAUGAUAUUCCUUACAGCUAUGGAUUUUUUCAUAUGGUAUUCUCAUUGGGGGCAAUGUACUUUGCAAUGUUAUUCAUCAGUUGGGAUCUGAAUAACUCAGCCAGGAAGUGGAGCAUCGAUGUUGGAUGGAUAAGUACAUGGGUGAAAGUAAUCAACGAGUGGUUUGCAGCAACAAUCUAUAUAUGGAUGCUGAUUUCCCCAGUUGUGAGACAGAACAAAGUUAUGGAUAAUGAUGGGAGUCUACAGGAGACAGCUGACUCGGUUAUGGCAUGA